AGUGAGCAGCACAUCUCCUCUCUCUCUGAACCCUAAAGCCACAGCUGAAGCCUCCAGGAUGGCCGGAUCAGGGGCGGCUCUGAGACUGCAUGAGUUCAAGGAGUACCAGGAAAGACGGGACUCUGGCUCAUUUAAAAGACAACCCGAAGCAACACUGAGAGUACCACGUCAGGGGAAGGAUGUGCAAGGUCUGUACCCUGGUCAGCUGGGUAGAAUCCACGUUGUUCACUCUCAGGAUCACAGAGUGAGGUUCGCAUCUUUGGAUUACUCUCCGGGGCCUUACCGUGAACACUAUGAAGACUACCCGAGGAGUUUCGACCUCCAGACAUUCCACGCCCUGGACGUUCUACGCCAGAGCACCAGCGCCUCUCAAUGUGUCACUGAGACGGCUUACCAAGAGGAGUUUGGCCUGCAGUCCCACCUCAACCCUCCGGAUAACACUAAGUUUACCCUGUACUCUCACCCUGGGCCUAUGCAACGGUUGGAGACAGGGAGUGAAGAGGAACAUUUUACACCAUGGCAAUCAAACUGAACUCCAUCCAUGAAAAGUAACCAAUGAAAAUGGUGCAUUGCAUGUAUUUUUGUUUGAAUGACAGGUUGUAAAAUCUUGCAUUGCAAUCAUAUAUAUGACUCUAGAAGCAUUUCAUCUCAAGUAAUGCUAAUAUAUAAUGUGUUUAUUAUAUAUACAGUACCAGUCAAAAGUUUGGACACACUAACUCAUUCAAGGGGUUCUCUUUAUUUGGACUAUUUUUGACAUUGUUGAAUAAUGGUGAAGACAUCACAACACAUGUGGAAUCACAAAGUAGCUAAAAAAGUGCCAAGAGUGUGUAAAGCUGUCAUCAAGGCAAAGGGUGGCCAUUUGGUCCAUAUGUGUCAUUUCAAACUUUCAACUGGUACUGUAUAUUUCUAUGAAAGUCCAUUGGCACAAAAAGUGUAAUUAAAUCCAAAAAUGUCAGCAAACACGAAUCAAAUCAAAUCAGUCUUUAUUUAUGUAUAUAGCACAUUUCAGACAUGGAAGCACAGGGGGGAAAAAAACAAAUGAAAUAAAUAUAAAUAAAAACAGAAAUAUUUACUAAACAAUGAACAUCAGAGGAUAAAAAAACUAAAGAAUAACAAUAAAAAAAUGAAAAGUACCCUAAGGAAAAGCAGAGCCAAAAAGAUGUGUUUUAAGAUCGCUUUUAAAUAUGUCCACAGUUUCGGCCCACUCAGGUUCUCUGGCAGGCUAUUCCAGAGUCUGGGGGCAUAGUAACUAAAGUAUGCCUCUCCAUGACUCUUGGUCCUAGGCUUUGGGAUAGUUAAAAGGCCAGUGCCAGAGGACCUGAAGGACAUACUGAGUACAUAACUGUCAUGUCUGGCAUGUUUUGGGGUGCAACAAUCGUGGAUUGAUUUCAAAACCAAAAGAAUAAUCUUUAAAUGAAUUAUAAAAACUCACAGGCAGCCAGUGCAGAGACUUUAAACCAGGUGUAAUGUGAGCUCUCUGUCUGGUCUUGGUCAGUACCCGCGCUGCAGUAUCCUGUAUGUUUUACAGUGCAGAGACUUUAAACCAGGUGUAAUGUGAGCUCUCUGUCUGGUCUUGGUCAGUACCCGCGCUGCAGUAUCCUGUAUGUUUUACAGUGCAGAUGUGACAGGUUAAAGGACAUAUUCAUAGCCUGUUAUACAUUGAAAAGUAUUAGUAAGUUCAUAGUAUGUGAGGAUCUUAAAACAUCUAAGGUUAAAAUAUGCAUUCAGUAUUAGUUGAUAGAGAUUGAUAACAUUCAUAUAAUUGUGUUAAAGUUCAAAUCUGUCAAAGGGUACGAAUUGUGAGAGUAAUGUGUAAACGUUAUAUCGAUUACUUUAUUUUGUGGUGCCUAAAAGUGUUAAUCUGUGAUCUACGAAAUGCUUUUAAUCUAUGAGCCGGAGAUCGAUUGCUCUGGUCUCCACCCAUAUUCCUGGGGAAAUUCGCGGUCUUUUUCU